AUGCCUCGCGGCCAGAAGAGUAAGCAGCGCGCCCGUGAGAAGCGCCGCCAGGCUAGGAGCGAACACCAAGGUGUCCCGGAGGCUCAGGCCAUUGAAGCUAUGGAAGAAGAGUUCCCCUCUUCUUCCUUGCCUGUUUCUGGGGACCCUGGCCCCAGUCCCACUGCUGCGGGCGCUCACCAGGAGUCACUGAAAGCCCUGUCUCCCAGUCCUGCUGCCGCAUCAAGCUCCUCCUCGAGUUCCGAUGAGGACGAGUGCCUGGGGGCCUCAGCUGCCUCCCCCUGCUCCCUCAAAGAUCCUCUGACAAGGAAGGCGGGCAUCUUGGUGCAGUAUCUGCUGCGGAAGUACAAGGUGAAGGAGCCCAUCACCCAGGAGGAGAUGCUGAAAGUGAUCAAGAAGAAGUACAAGGAGCACUUCCCUGAGAUCCUGCGGAGAACCUGCGCCCGCCUGGAGCUGGUCUUUGGCAUCGACCUGAAGGAGGGCGACCCCGCUGGUCACACCUAUGUGCUCAUCAGCAAGAUGGCGCUUCCCCACAGGGAGGAUGCGGAUAGCGCCGACCUGGGCCUGCCCAAGAAUGGGCUUCUGCUGCCCCUCCUGGGCAUGAUCUUCAUGAGUGGCGACCGCAUCACGGAGGAAGAGCUGUGGAAGUUCCUGAAUGUCUUGGGGAUCUAUGAAGGGAGGCGGCACUUCAUCUUUGGGGAGCCUAGAAAGCUCAUCACCCAAGAUUUGGUGCAAGAGCAGUACCUAGAAUACCGCCAGGUGCCCGGCAGCAACCCCCCACGUUAUGAGUUCCUGUGGGGCCCGAGAGCCUACGCUGAAACCAGCAAAAUGAAAGUCCUGGAGUUUUUGGCCAAAGUCAGUAAUACGGUUCCCACUUCCUUCCAGUCCCGCUAUGAGGCAGCUCUGAGAGAUGAGGAGGCACGAGCCCAGGCAGGAGCAGGCUCUGCUCCGGCCACCACCAGCGCCCAGGCCAAUGUUGGCAACUCCACUGAGGCCCAGCCCGAGAGAAGCCCAAGGCGGAGCCCUCACCUUGAGGUUGAGAAGGGCUCUCCACCUUCUAAGUAG